UCCCUCCCUCUCUAGCACCCUCCCUCCUUAGCUCCCUUCCCCUCUCUGCCUGGUUUGCUUUCUACCUCCUCCCUUUGAGCAUCCUAUGAAAGCCGCAGUGACUAGCAGCAGCAGCAUCCAUGGCCUAAACACGCACGGUCGAGCAUUAGGCAGGCGACAGCCACUGGGAAUCUCUUGAGCACGGCCGUCGUGUGUUGCCUAUCUAGCUCUCCAUCUGCUAACCAGGGGCUUCUCCCCCUCCUCCUGUCGUUGCAGGCUCCUUGGAGAUAGAGGAAUGCAAAUCUGCAAUCAUGAUGGAAGGACUGAAAAAACGUACCAGGAAAGCCUUUGGGAUACGGAAAAAAGAGAAGGACACUGAUUCCACAGGUUCACCAGACAGAGAAGGACCACAGAAGAAGAGCAAUGGGGCUCCCAACGGAUUCUACGGCGAGAUUGACUGGGACAGAUAUAACUCUCCCAUGGUGGAUGAAGAAGGGUAUAGCAUCAGGCCAGAUGAAGAUGGUGCAACCCCUAAAGACAAAUCCCACUUCUUCUCAUCCAGUGAGUCAGAGGAAGAAGAGGACCACCGGAAAAAAUUUAAGAUCAAGAUCAAACCCUUGCUAGCUGACAAUCCUGACUUUGUGACUCCUUCGGUAGAUGAAUUAAAAGCCUCCAUAGGCAACAUAGCUCUGUCUCCUUCUCCUCUGAGGAGUAGUCCGAAACGUAGCCCGGGUCUGGCAAAAAGAGAGGUGCCUAGUGUAGAAAUUGAAAUUGCACGACCAAGGCGUUCAGUUCCCACCGUUACUCCAGCCUCAGUCCCCACACCUGCACCUGCAUCUGCAACUGCUCCUACACCUGUACCAGUAUCGGUACCAGAAACUCCAAGAAGUAAGAAAUCUCCUGUGCCUGAUGAUGCUGUCGCCUUAUUUGGCCCUCCACUGGAGACAGCAUUUGAAGAGCAGAAGACUGAAGUGAUGAUAGAGGAACCUGAGGUUUGGGGUACUCCUUUACAUGAGCCAAACCCCGACUCUUCUCUAGGAAGACCUUUUCCUCCAGGACCACUCCCUCCUCUUCCACCCAAGAAUGUGCCGACUUCUCCCCCUCUGAGCAACACUACAAGCCCAGAUUCCUCCGAUGUGAAAGGUGAAGACACUUCUGCAAACCCAUCCAAACCCUCUAUAGCAGACCUGGACAACAUUUUUGGCCCAGCAGAUUCCCCUUCACCUGGUGACAUUGCUGCAGACAAGUGGGUCUGCUUCCAGGAUGAGUCACCUCAAAGACCACCAAUACCAGAAGAGCCAGCUCCUCCUAUACCAAAAUCUCCACCUCCUCCUGAAGAACCUGCCCCUCCUCUUCCACCACCAGAACCACCAAGAAACACCACACCUUCUCCUCCUGCCCCAAUUCUGUCACCCAAAGAUCCUAAUCCUCCAAAACAAGUACCCAUUUCUCCAGAUGAGGUAUCCCUGCCUCCUCUAGAUGAACCUCUCCAGCCUGAUGCUGAAUCAACUCAGACUAUUCCUGAUACAGAGGCAAAGUCUGGCUCAGUCAAGUCUCCACCUAGUGCUCUGGAGAUAAAUGCAUGUACAAUCCCCCCACCCCUGGCCCUUAACCAGGAAGAUAAGAACAACCCUGAGGAGGGCAAUCGAAAAGAGGAUUCAAGUCAAAGCAGUACUUCACCCAAAGAGAUAGAUCAGGGCACUAGAUCAACACCACCCCCUCCUCCACCACCCACAUACAGGGCAGUGGUAUCAUCUCCUGGGCCUACACCUGCAGUCAUGAGUGGAGGAAGUGGCUCAUCUUCCCCUGUACGCCCUGCUACGCCAUUGGCUGCCAGCAGCCCCCCUCCUCCCCCUCCUCCUCCACGGCCGCCCUCCCGUCCCAAGCUGGCUCCUGGGAAAGGCAGCAUAGGGGAAGCGAAUCGGCCCUUCAGCCCUCCGGUGCACUCGUCAAGCCCUCCGCCUUUGGCACCACUGGCCCGAGCAGAGAGCACCUCCUCCAUCUCCUCCACCAACUCCCUCAGUGCUGCCUCUACGCCCACUGUCGAGACAGACCAGCCCUCCCUCGUAUGGUUUGACAGAGGCAAGUUUUAUUUAACCUUUGAAGGCUGUUCUCGGGGCCCGAGUCCCCUCACCAUGGGCGCACAGGACACCCUGCCCGUGGCUGCAGCAUUCACAGAGACGGUCAAUGCUUACUUCAAGGGAACUGAUCCCAGCAAGUGUGUGGUGAAGAUCACGGGUGAGAUGGUGUUAUCCUUCCCAGCUGGCAUCACCAGGCAUUUUGCCAAUAACCAAACACCUGCAGUGCUAACUUUUAGCAUAACCAACUACAGUCAUCUGGAGCAUGUCCUUCCUAACCCGCAGUUACUGUGCUGUGACACCACCCAGUCCAAACCCAACUCUAAGGAAUUCUGGGUAAACAUGCCGAACCUCAUGACCCACUUAAAGAAGGUAUCCGAGCAGAAACCUCAGGCCACAUACUACAAUGUAGACAUGCUGAAAUAUCAGGUAUCAGCGCAGGGUCUUCAGUCAACUCCUCUAAACCUGGCCAUGAACUGGAGGUGUGAACCCACUAGCACUGACCUGAGAAUAGACUACAGAUACAAUGGCAAUGCCAUGACCACACCUGUGGCUCUCAAUAACGUGCAGUUCCUUGUUCCUGUUGACGGAGGAGUCGGUCAGCUACAAGCUGUCCUUCCUCCUGCUGUCUGGAAUGCAGAACAGCAGAGGAUCCUGUGGAAGAUCCCGGAUAUCUCACAAAAGUCUGAGAAUGGAGGAGUUGGCUCCUUGCUGGCACGGUUCCAACUAACAAAUGGCCCCAGUAAACCAGCCCCUCUGGCUGUGCAGUUCACCAGCGAGGGCAGCACACUGUCAGGCUGUGACAUCGAGCUGCUCGGCUCUGGAUACCGAUUCUCUCUCAUCAAGAAGAGGUUUGCUGCAGGAAAAUACCUGGCAGAUAACUAAUCUGCACCACAGCUCCAUGCAGAAGAGUGUGUCUUUAUGGACUAAAUGAAAUUCACUCAAACCAUAGAAGAGAUGAUCACUCUGAUCUCUGCUGGGUGUUUUUGGGGAUCCCCUUUCUAAAUGUCUGACCCAGAUGGAGGCCACUACGCUCCAGCAGUAUUUUUAGGGUGUACUUCUCGUAUUUGUAAAACCGUAAACAUUUCAGAACUGUAUUGCUGCUGUUAGACAGCAUGGGUUUCUCCUAAGACUAGCCUCUCGUCUGUCUAACGUCUAUUCGUUAAACUCGUUGGCUGUGGCUGCCUGAAUACAUUCUAUCUCCCUAAACAUGCUGUCGCUGUUAAAGCUGUUCAGCUCUAGACACCUUUCUGCCGAUAGAGAAACAUUCCAUCUAGAACCUUGAAGGUGUUUCCAAGCUAAUUUGAAGCUUUCAGGUUGAAUAGGAAACUGUUCAGAGUUUGACCUGACGCUAGAGGCAGAUCAAUUUAGACACUUAAUAUAAGUAAUUAAAGAUAAUUUACUACUCAUUCAGGUAAUCUUCCAAAGCUGAAUCAGGCAAAGGAAAGGACAGAUGAUCCACGGUCAAAGAAGAUUUAAACCAUUAAUGUAAAAAAUCAAGUAUUUGUGCUCCUCUUGGCACUGAAAAGUCUUGUCCUGUUUUAUGUCUUGUUUAGGCAGCCACAGCUGAAACUAUGUCUUGCUUGCAAUUGUAUUAAAAAGAAAAAAACAACAACAAUGAUUUCUUUCAGUUGAGAAAAAAAAAGCUGUUUAAAAUGUAAUUUUAAAUGGAUAAUAUAUAUCUUGAAGGGCGUUUGGUGUUUUUCCUCAUACUGGUGAAUAGCCUUUCUGUUGUUCCUAAGACAGCAGUGUUAGACUUCUGAGUACAUCACUCUAUUUUUAUUUAUUCCUGAUCAUUUGUUGUACAAAAAAAGAAACAGAAAUUCCGUGACUGUAUAUGUAUCACAGUUUAGGAUCCUUAAAGUUAUAAAUAUUUGAAUUUUUUUUUUUGUUAUCUGUGUAGUUGGGUAACCUGUGUACAGUAUAAUGCGGAGGUAUAAUUUUUACAUUUAUUUCAGAUAUAAUUUUUUAAACUCAAGUGCAACAGAGAAUCGAGCUGUAUGUAUAUGGGUGGGGGUAAAAAGUGGCUGAAUACUGUAUCUGUGUGGGUGCUCAUGCUUUAUGAAAGCAGUGUUAUGUAUAUCUGCACUAUUAGUUGAAACACGAAUCAGUUUUUGGACAGUUUAAACCCAUUUACUGUUCACAUCAUUGUGUUGUAUUCAACUGUUCACAUCUUCCUGUGUAUUUUAUUCGAUGUCUCAAGCAUGAACCCUUGUCAAAACAACCCAGCACUUGAGUUCAUGGAUUUAUUUUUGGAUCAUAAUGUCUCUGUGAGAUGACAAGGACGAGGUUUGGCGAGUGGUUAGGAAGACCAAAACGCUUUUUUUUUCCUUCUUCUUUUUCUUUUUCGUAUGUGUGUGUAUAUCCCAAGAGAGAAUAAGCUGCAUAUUUUUAAAUGUUAUAAACGAUUAAUAAAGUGAUAAAAUAUUGUUUCUUGUGGAAAGCAUACCACUGUGCUACUUUUGAACUUCCCAUAUUCUCUAAUAUAUGAUACGAAGAACAAAAACUUCCUCCUGUCACAUCAAGUGGUUGCUGUAGAGAAAACACUGGUGCUUUGAGAAAGUUUAUUCCCAUCUGUUUUUUUUUUGUUUUGUUUGUUUGUUUGUUUUUUUGUUUUUUUGCAUUCAUACCUGCUGUAUGUGGUGAAGGAUCAGUGCACAUGCCUUUAAACAUUAACACAUUAUUCUGUGUUGCAUUAAACACAUUUUGAGAAUCCUGAGUGCAGUUCUCCAGCAGUGGAUGAGUUUUCUCUCUGUAAAUCCAAACUGAAGUGUUAUCCAGACUGUGCUUGAGAGGCAAGAAGCUGUGUUGUGUGUCAGUCAGCUACAGUAAUUAAAGUGUGUGUGGUGUGAGUGUGUACUAUAUGUGAGUGUUUCUGAGGUUGUGAGCAUGUGUGACUGUCUGUUGUUUGAUCAUUCUAGAAUUUUCUUGCCAGCAAAACGUGCAAGCUAUGUUUGUACAGACGGUGUUAACGAUGAACCCGAGAUUCUUUGCUCUUUCCAAACCAAUAAAACGUGUAAGCGGAGA